GUACACAGGUGUCAAAAUAUAUAUAGAAUGUAGUAUCUAUGUUUAUCGAUAUACCUUUAAGAAUAAAUAUUAGAAUAGCUAUCUGGAAGUAAUAUAAGUUAUAAACCAUUUAAAAUUAUUUCGUAUCAAAAUGAAACCUAAAAUAUUUGAUAUAAAGUUUGACAAUACACAGGGUGUGUUUAAUGUAGGGACAACAGUUACAGGGACUGUACUCUUGGGACUGGACCAACCCAUUAAGAUUAAAGGCAUUAAGAUAGUUUUCAUUGGACUAGCAAAAACAAAAUGGGUAGUUCGUCAGGGACAACAUAAAAAGACCUGCUACACCGGAGCUGAAAACUAUUUUUAUAAAGUCUUAAAUCUCUUCGAACCUGAGUCUGACGAGGAUAGGAAUCAUCCUGCCGGGAACCAUGCUUACCCAUUUUCCCUAGAGUUAACAGACACACUACCAUCAUCAUUCGAGGGAACCAGCGGUCACGUCAGAUACUUAUGCAAGGCCACUAUAGAAAGACCUUGGGUAUUUGACGUUCAUGUGAAACGUGCUUUUACCGUGAUUCACCAUUUAGAUCUAAAUUAUUUCCCCUCAGCGCAAAUUCCGAUUUUAGACCAGGCAUCCGGUGAUGUUUACAACUUUUGUUGUGGUCAGGCCGGGUCUGUUGACAUACAUUUAGACGUCAACAAAUCAGGAUUCGUUCCAGGGGAACCAAUCAAGUACACCAUAGCCAUAAAUAAUCGAAGUUCACAAACGGUGGAUCAAGUUGCGCUUAUUCUUAAUCAAAUGACAACAUAUACCGGGAUAUCAGACGCCAUUUUUUCAAAUCAACGUCCCAAAAUGCAUACAAAGAAACAACCGUUCUACUUACUGUACUCACGUGACUGCAACUUUAAACCAAACACAUCAAAACAGAUAGAAAAGACCAUAAUUGUUCCCUCACUACCCGCCACAGGACUGGAUGGAUGUGAUAUUAUUGAUAUUAAAUAUAGUCUAGAACUGAAAGUGCUUUGCAAUCAUACAAGUAUAAAAAUUACAAAAGAUUUGGUCAUUGGUACGAUCCCUAGUCAGGUUCCGGCAGUUAGACCGACUGAAGUAACUCUAUCAGCCCCACCAUACACGAACACUUUACCAACAUAUGAAGAAGUGUUUUCCCCGCCACCAUCGUACGCCGAAUGUGUGCACGGUCGAACGACAAUCAUGGAUAGCACAGACGACAAUAAUACUUCCGGUGACGUCAAUUGGGCACCUGCAUAUCCAUAUUAUGAUUGGGUAGCUUUCUCUCCGCAGGCGUUUGGUGACCAGCCACCAGACUAUGUCAAUACUGAACAGUCACGUGGAGCUGACAAUGAUAAUGACUGACUCAGUAACUCAACACAAAGUUGUACUUUAUGACAAUUUAUCGCAGGCAUAAAAUGACGUCAUGGGCGUAGAAAGAAUGUUAAAACAUAAACUAUUUAAUCAAAGAAAAAUUAUAUAGUAAUAUUUUCACAUUGGCAGACGACUAACACUGUAUUAUUCUAUAAACUUCCGGUCUAUAACAAUGUGCUUGUACUCCAAUACAAAGGGGUGAUUGAGGAGAGAACACUGGCGAUUAACGAUAGCGUUUGGUGCUGUUGUUUUGUUGGGCGCAAAUAAUUUAUUUGCAGAAAUUUUAUGUAAUAGAGUUUUAGCGAAAAGUGUAAAGGUAUAUUUAUUAUCAUGUAUUAUGAUUGAAACAGUGUGAAUGAACUAGAACUGUAUUUGUGAAAGAAGAAAAAUAACCAUUGUUUAUUAAGUGAUACAUUACAUUUGAAUUAUAAACAAGAAAAUGUAAUUGUACUUUCGUCAUCAUUAUCAUCAUGGUCAUAAUCAUUAUUAUCAUCACCUUCUCCUUUUUUGUUUCUUCUCCUUUUCCUUUUUCAAGUUCGGGAUGAAUCAUCAAAUUGACCUUGGCUUUUUAUGACAUUGACCUUGAAUGUUAAAUUAUUGAAUGCCUAUUGAUUUUUACUAUAAAUGACGGUAACUUCGUGAUUUAUAAAUGGUUUGUCUUCUUACUUUGACAAAUAACGUUUUGGACAAGACAUUCUCAAAAGUUGUACUGACCUUGACCUUAUAUUUUCUUAACUUUGUCAUUUAAUUAUGGAAAAGAUUAAUACUUGGACAAGCGAGCAAGUGUGAAUAAACAGUCCUAUAAAUGAAAAAGGAAAAACAUUUUUUUCUUAAUUUUCUCUUUUAACGUUUGUUUAAACCGUUUAUUUGUUUGCUUUUAGAAAAAAUAUUAAAAAAAAAUCGAGCUCGGUGGUGACUCUUGUUCAAUGUUUCCAUGAGUCUUGUAUUGCACUUAUUAAUGUUACAAAUUAACAUAAUAAUAAAUUAUACUCUGACUUAUUAAGCUUCUGUACUCGAAAUUAAACUCAUUUUCAAAUGACACAAUUCUAAUACAAUGUAUUAAGCUCAUGUGGUCUAUUUUUGUAUGUUUUUUUGUUGUUGUUUUUAUUGUUGUUGGUUUUUUUGUUGUUUUUUUUGUGUGUUUUUUAAAGAUACU